CUCGCCAUGGCCGCCUUGACGCCGCUGCGCGCAUCGCUCGGCGCACUGCGCCGCGUGCCGUUUGGCGUGCGCGCCCUCGCCACCGCGCCGCCCACGCCCGACGUCGGCAGCAGCAGCAGCGGCAGCAGCACGGCCGGGCCCUCGUCAGCCAGCACGAGCGCGACGCCGCUGCACAGCCCGCCGCCGCCGCCACCGCUGCAGCAGCAGCCCAGCAGCGGCGGCACGACGCAUUUUGGGCACCGAACCGUGCCGACGGAGAGCAAGGAAGGGCUCGUGCGCCAGGUGUUCAGCAGCGUCGCCGGCAGCUACGACGUGAUGAACGACGCCAUGAGCCUCGGCGUGCACCGCCUGUGGAAGGACCACUUUGUCAAGGAGCUCAACCCGCGCGGCGGCAUCGAAUGUCUCGAUGUGGCGGGCGGCACUGGUGAGUCAGGCCGGCAGCACGGGCCGGCGCUGGCAGGCGCGGCCAGGCGGGCGCAGGCGAGCACAGACAAGGCCAGGCGGCGCCGGCGAGCACAGACAAGGCCGGACGAGCACAGGGCGUCAGCCAUCCUUGCGCUCCCUGUAGUGGAGUGCAGCGUCGGCGUCGUCUUUCAACUGCUUUGCGCUGACAUCGCGCCAGGCGACAUUGCACUGCGCCUCCUCGACCACGCGCGCACGCAGCACUCGGACCGGCAGACGCGCGUCACCAUCCUCGACAUCAACCCGUCGAUGCUGCGCGCGGGGCAGCGGCGCGUGGCGCAGACGAUGUACUGGCACACGCCGCAGGUGCGCUUUGCGCUCGGCAAUGCGCAGGACCUGCGCCUGCACCUCGACGCGCCCCCACCGAGCUCGCGCCCGGCACCCAACACGCCGCGCCUGCCGCCGCUGGAGCACCUGCAGAUCGCGGACGAGAGCAUCGACCUCUACACCAUCGCCUUUGGCAUCCGCAACUGCACCGACAUUCCCGCGGCGCUGCGCGAGGCACACCGCGUGCUCAAGCCCGGCGGCAUCAUGGCCGUGCUCGAGUUUGGCAAGAUCUCGACGCCGGGCAUCAGCGACCUCUACCGCAUGUACUCGCACGCCGUGCUGCCCUCGCUCGGCGCGCUGCUGGCGUCGGACCGCGCCUCGUACCAGUACCUCGUCGAGUCGAUCGAGCGCUUCCCCUCGCAGCCCGAGUUUGCGCGCAUGCUCGCCACCGCCGGCUUUGCGCUGGCCGGCAGCGACGCGGCGCGCGCCUACGGCCUCAAGGGCUACCCGCGCCAGGGCAGCGUCGAUGGCGACGAGAGCGUCGUGGGCGCGUGGGAGGACCUGAGCCUGGGCGUCGCGACCAUCUGGAAGGGAAUGAAGCUGUAGCGCUGUGCCGCGCGUGUAUGGCAGUGACCGGAUCAAUUGUAAUACAGUUGGAGACAAGACGGAUG